AUGAAUGCGUAUGUUGUAUUUCUUGAUGAAAACUGUGCGAGAAGCGCUGCAAAAGCGUGCAACGGAAUUAAUCUUACUAUUACGUACAAUCGAACUGGUGGAGAGCAACAAAAAAUCCUCCAAAAGUCCAGCUGUGUAAUUCGUUGCGACAUUGCAACGGGUGCAAAUUAUGUCAGCGCCCGCUCUAUAUUCUUGGGAAAUGUACCAUUCGUAAACGCGAGUGAAGAUUCUAUCAGGAACAUCUGGCACAUUGUCACAAUCUCGUUUGACGAAUCUUGCAGAUUGCUCUUCCGUUCCUGUGGCGAUAUAGAGAAUGUACGGCUAGUCCGCGACAAGAUGACGGGAUAUGGGAAAGGCUUUGGCUACAUACAGUUUGUGAACGAAACUAGCGUCCACAAAGCACUUCAGAUGGCCAAGCAUCGUCCUCCUAGCCUAUGUGUUGGUGAAAGACGUUAUGAGCUCAGGAUUCAGGCAGCUAUGAAGCCGAUGCACCUCGAACGAAAAAAGAAAGUAAAGCAAUUCCUGGAGAAAGGAGGGAAGAAAGCUUACCAAAAACGAAUGAAAAGAUGGAAGGCAAGGAAGAAGAAGCGUUUCGAGGUCAAGACCGGGGUACGUAAGAAGUCAAAGGACGGGAAAGACUCUCCACGAUCGGAGAAAAGAGCGUACAAGCAGCGUGAGAAAUUGAAAUCUGAUAGCAAGUCAACAAAAGUCCAGGUCGUGACAAAGGGACAGCAUACGGCAAAGAAGAAGAAGGAAUCAAAAUCUAGAAUGGCGAGAAAGGGAGAAAAGAAGGUUAAGAACAAGAAGGUGGGCAGGAAGGGGCAGUGA